CAGUGAGACGAAUUAUUAGAGUUUAUCUACAGCUUAUCAUUCCUAAGGCGACAAGGAAUCAUGAACACUUUAUAUUCUAUGUCGUUGUUUGGCUUGGUACUGUCAGUGGUCGUCUAUAUAGUGUCUUGUACGUUUGUUCCGGUCACAAGAGAACCAUAUGUUUCCUCAUCGUGGGCGUAUAAAUAUGAUCCAGGGCCGGGUAUUGCAGCAAUGAGGAGCAACUACAGACUCACUCCAAAUGACACGUGUCAUGUCUACAAACUGACAGCCCAGCAGAGACAUGAUAUCCACACAUUAGCUGGGGAAUUCAGAAUAGAGAUAAUGAUGUACGAAGCUGUGCUCACGCAGCACGGAGAGAAGAUGACCGCUCCGGAACUCAACAGAACCAGUUAUCCUGUCUGGAAAUUCUGUCAACACCAACUUCACUUCAUGAAAUAUAAUUUCUAUGAUUGAAAGCAUGUUUGAUACACCAUGUUAUUAAAACAAUAAUGACUAGA